AUGUAUGAUGAAAAAACUAUGAUAAUGGAAAUUAUACCUAAUUGUAUAACAAAUAUUCGUAGUAUUUUAAAAUCGAUGCCAACAAAAAUUGAUAUUCUACGUAUAAAACGUUUAAUUCGUUUACAAAAAAUUUUGGCAACACAUAUUAUCAGUGAACAUGGUUAUUUCAAAGUUCAUGGACCAUCGACAUACUAUCGAAUUGGAAUUCGCUAUAACAAAACGCACUAUGUUGAUCAAGAGACGUAUGAUCGUCUCGGAUUUUCACCUGUACGUAAUAACCCCAGAAAUUUUAUCGAAAAUGAAAAACGGUUAAAUAAAAUAUACGAUGUUAUCGACGAAUAUCGAAUGAAUAGGAACGAUGUAAGUAAGUUAUUAUACAACAAUAACCGUUCUCUAAUAUGUCAAAUAUGUUUACGUCCAACGACUAAAUGUAAAUGUAAACAAAUUUAUUUACAUCCAAAAUUAGACAAGCAAACUCAAUACAGUAUUGAAUAUGGUAAAAAAAAUAAUCUGUUCUCAGAUUCCUAG